GAACUGCCACAUCACCGCUCCACGCCACCGGAGCUCAAAACGGAUAAAGCGCGGAGCUCUGGUCUUCUUCUUCAGCUCUUCUUCGCCUUCAAUGGAGCUCGCUCGCCAUAGCUUCACCGCCAUUAACACCCGACCUCCGACUCUCUUCUCUCCAUCCAAAGCCCUCUUCAAGCCAACCCUCUCACUCCCCCACCCGGCCGAGUCACACUCCCGUCGGCUCGCCCUCGCCCAGACCCUCCAGUCGGAGACCCUGAAGAUCCUCGAAUGGGGCUUCCUCUGCAAGCAGCUCUCCCCAUUCACGUCCACCUCCAUGGGCUUUCGCGCCACGGAGGAAGCCGCCAUUCCGAUAGGAGAGACCCUCGGGGAGAGCGUCAAGCUACUGGACCAGACCGCUGCCGCUGUUUAUGCAGCCGAGUCCGGGCCCUGGGACUUCUCCGGGAUCGAGGACGUGACGCCGAUCAUCGAGGCUUCCGCCAGGGCGGAGAUGCUUACUGUCGGAGAGAUUUGUAGGGUGCAGAGGAUGCUGGUGGUUGCCAGGACCAUGGCAGAGAAGUUAGAGGCGGCGGCCGUGGCAGAUGGCGGUGGUGCGGACUCUUCGAAUAGCAGGUAUUCUCCGCUUCUGGAUAUACUUCACGAAUGCAACUACCAGUCGGAGUUGGCAAACAAGAUAGGAUUUUGUAUAGAUUGCAGUUUAUCCAUUAUCCUCGAUAGAGCUAGCGAAGAUCUAGAGAUUAUUCGGUCGGAGAGGAAGAGAAACAUGGAAGAUUUAGACUUCCUGCUCAAGGAAGCGUCCAACCGGGUUUUUCGGGCAGGAGGAAUUGACAAGCCCCUGGUAACGAAGCGGCGAGCUAGAUUGUGUGUGGGAGUCAGGGCUUCACAUAAGUAUUUGCUUCCUGAAGGCAUUGUUCUCGAUGUUAGUGGUUCAGGUGCCACGUACUUUAUGGAACCGAAAGAGGCUGUGGAGUUGAACAAUAUGGAAGUCAGGCUUUCUAAUGCUGAAAGAGCCGAGGAAAUGGCUAUUCUGAGCUUGCUUACAUCUGAAAUAGCAGAAGCAAGGUCUCAGAUAAAGUACUUGAUGCAGAGAUUUCGGGAAAUUGAUCUCGCUUUUGCUCGAGCUGCUUAUGCUCGUGAAGUUAAUGGCAGAUGCCCGAUUUUAAGCUCGUGCGGUUCCGAACACUUAGACAUCGAGGGAAUGCAACAUCCACUCCUGCUUGCCUCUCAAAGGAGGUUGUUGGACGAAGAGAAUGGUACAUCGGCGAGUAGAAAUCACAAAGGAAGCUUAGCUGAUUUCCCUGUACCGAUAGACAUUAAAGUCAAUCGUGCGACUCGGGUGGUUGUAAUUUCAGGACCUAACACGGGAGGAAAGACCGCAUCUAUGAAAACUCUUGGGCUUGCUUCUCUCAUGUCAAAAGCAGGCAUGUAUGUGCCUGCUAAGAACCUUCCCAGACUCCCGUGGUUUAAUCUUGUUCUAGCUGACAUCGGGGAUCAACAGUCUUUGGAACAAAAUCUAUCAACAUUUAGUGGGCAUAUAUCUCGCAUACGUGAUAUACUGGAAGUGGCCUCAAUGGAAUCUCUUGUCCUCAUUGACGAGAUUGGCAGCGGAACUGAUCCUUCAGAAGGUGUGGCUCUUUCCUCGAGCAUCUUGAAUUAUCUUAAAGAUCGGGUUAAUUUAGCCAUAGUAACGACCCACUACGCGGACUUAACUCUUCUAAGGGAGAAGGAUGCUCGAUUCGAGAAUGCCGCCAUGGAGUUUUCACUAGAGACAUUGAAGCCUACCUAUAGGGUUCUCUGGGGAAGUACUGGCGAUUCCAAUGCACUAAACAUUGCCGAGUCAAUUGGUUUCAAUCUCAACAUCAUUGAGAGAGCAAGACAGUGGGUGGAAAAGUUGAAGCCCGAAAGAGAGCAAGAGCGGAGAGGUUUGCUGUAUCAGUCACUGAUGGAGGAAAAAAACCAAUUGGAAGCUCACAAAAAGAAAGCCAAGUCUCUUCAUGACGAGAUUAUGGAUCUUCAUAAUGAGAUCCAAAGUGAGGCAGAAGGUAUUGGUACUCGGGAGAAAGCUUUAAUGGGAAAGGAAACACGUAUUGUUCAGCAAGAACUGAAGGAUGUAGAGAAACAGAUAAAUUCUGUGGUAGUUGAUUUUGAAAGGCAACUCAGCGAGGUAAGGUAUGAUGAGAUUAAUUCGCUCAUCAGGAAGAGCGAAUCAGCCAUCGCCUCGAUACUUGAAGCUCACCAGCCUACAGAUUCCCUUUAUGAUAAUAAGCCAGAUUAUGUCUCCUAUACACCGAAGUAUGGGGAGCAAGUCCUUGUAAAAGGACUUGGGAAUAAGUUAGCUAAAGUUGUUGAAGCACCCGGAGAUGACGGUACAGUCCUAGUCCAAUUUGGCAAAGUGAGAGUCAGAGUGAACAAUAGUGACGUUCGAGCGAUUGCAGGCUCUAGAAAGAGUCAUGCAACAGCUAAUUCUCUCCAGCACUUGAGAAGACAGGCCUCUCGUAGCAAAGAGUAUCAAAAUCUAGCAGAGACAAAGGACGGUGAAGGCCUCUUAUUUGGGCCAACUGUGCAGACAUCAAAGAACACCGUGGACCUUCGGGGGAUGCGAGUUGAGGAAGCUGCUCUUGAGCUUGAUAUGGCCAUCUCUUCAAGGGGCCCACAUUCGGUUCUCUUUAUCAUACAUGGGAUGGGCACUGGAGCUGUUAAGGAGCGUGCCCUCGAGAUGUUAAGGAACCAUCCUCGAGUGGCCAAGUACGAGCAGGAAAGCCCACUCAACUAUGGAUGCACAGUCGCCUAUAUCAGGGCCAUUGCCCGAGUUAUUAACCGGGUCCUGGGAUCUGCCAGCAUUCAUCGAAGAAGUUGCUUGAAUAAGACCAAAGUUCAUGAUGAUUGCCGAAGGGCAUUCGGCCAGUCCCUGGCAUUCAAGGGGGACACAGUAAAGAGGCCGAUUUGCCCAUUCCAGAUCCCUAGAUCCAAAGCCAGGGACAGCAGAACCCUGCCCUCUGCCUGUUGCGGCACCAAAACAGCAAUCUCCUGGGGGAACAUCCGUACUGUACCCUUGGCCUGGUCUGGGAAUAGGUUCGCCCGGUUUGAGAACAGUGGGCGUACCAUCGCCCGGAUUGUCUGCAGUGGCCGAACCGUACGUCGAACUGCCUGAGCAGAUCAUUCCAGGAAUGCCUCGAUGGUCAGGUUCGUGACCAGGCUUGGCCCGGGGAUCACCUCCUGCCAUGCCUGGAUAAUUUCCCCUGCCCAAACUCAGGUCACCUCCGCCAGCCAUACUGCUGCCUCCAUCGAUGAUUUCUGAUCCAACUGCUCCGACUGCUCCAACUGCAUCGCCGAAUCUGAAGCUGAAAUCAGUGAGAUCAGCAGCCCCCUCCAUGGCUUUUUUUGGAGCUGGUGGGGCUACAGAGGCUGCAUUCACUCCCUCCAUGGCUUUUUCUGGAGCCGGCGGGGCCACAGAAGCCACACUCACUCUCUCCACGGCUUUUCUUGGAGAUGGCGGGGCUACAGAAGCCAUGCCGGGCGAGACUCGAUGAGCCAUGCUGAGGCCUAAGCUGAGUAUAAGAGGGAUUGCCAUGAAAACCCAUUGGGAUGGCGCCAUCAUUGGAUUUUGUUUUGCUGAACUUUUGCGGUGCUUCUUCAGUGGCAUUGAAUUGCCGCAUGAAGGGAUCAUAUUUAUAUAUGUAUAUGUAAGCCUUUGCUAGUUGUUAAUAAGAAAUAUUAUAAUUAAAAAAUUA